UCGAGUCCCAAAUUAAGGAGAAUAAAUACAUCACCUAGCUCUCCUCCCUUAGUCCGCACCUCCUCCUCCUCUCUCUCUCCCUCUCUCUCGGUGAUCUAGUCGGAUCCAGUCUGGGGGAAGCUGGAGUUCCUGGGGCGAGAUAAUCGGCACAUGAUGUGGGUUAAUGAGGCGGAGGUGCGCGGGGACAAACUCAGACGCGCUCCGCUCCAGCGACGACAGGUGGGCACGGAGUGAGCGACGGGACGAGAAGACGGAGGAGAAGAGAGAAUAGAGGAGUAAACCCGAAAGGAAAGGUGGAAGGAAACCGGAGAGGACAGGAGAUUACGCACCAAAGCCUCCCCACGUUCGCGCUAUGGAAUCGGGGCAAAGCGCGCAGGUGGCCGACAUGGCAGGGGAGCACUCCGCCGGGGCGAGCGUGGAGAGGGGCGACGUGUCCAGCCCCUGUCCCGCGUUCAAGCAGCGCUCCCUGCGGGCCGUGUACGUGCUGAACGACGGGCUGAAGGCGGUGAUGGCGAGCAGCCCCGAGUCCGGAGCUCUGCAGUGUCUGCAGAGAGCCUGCGACUCCGAGAGCGCGCUGCUCACCACCGUCACCUUCGGGAGGCUGGACUUCGGAGAGACGUCGGUGCUGGACAGUUUCUACGAUGCAGACAUCGCCGUGGUGGAUAUGAGUGACGUGUUUCGGCAGCCCUCUUUGUUUUACCACCUGGGCGUCAGGGAGAGUUUCGACAUGGCCAACAAUGUCAUCCUGUACCACGACACUGACCCCGACACUGCACAGUCACUGAAGGACAUGGUGGCGCAGAAAAACACGGCCACUCGUCCUCCUGCAUUAGGUUUUCCCUGGGUUCAGUUGCCUCCAGAGUACAGAGGCUCUGGAUUGCGCAACAAAGCCUCCAGUGGAAACUACUACUUCAUCCCCUACAUCGUGACUCCUAACCACGAGUACAUGUGCUGCGAGAGCGACGCCCAGCGCAGGGCCAGCGAGUACAUGCAGCCGAGCUGGGACAACCUGCUGGGGCCGCUCUGCGUCCCCCUGACCGACCGCUUCACCAGCCUGCUGAAGGACAUCCACGUCACAUCCUGCGCGUCCUUUAAGGACACCCUGCUGAACGACAUCAGAAAGGCCAGGGAGAAAUAUCAGGGAGAGGAACUGGCCAAGGAACUUUCCCGCAUCAAGCUCCGGAUCGACAACACCGAGGUCCUCACACAGGACAUCGUCAUGAACCUGCUGUUCUCCUACAGAGACAUUCAGGACUAUGACGCCAUGGUGAAGUUGGUGCAAACCCUGGAAAUGUUGCCGACUUGUGAUCUGGCGACUCAGCCCAUGAUCCAGUUCCACUACGCCUUCGCUCUCAAUAGGAGGAACAGUCCUGGAGACAGGGAGCAGGCUCUGACAGUGAUGCUACAGGUGCUGCAGUCAUGUGAGCAUCCUGCGCCCGACAUGUUCUGCCUCUGUGGACGAAUAUACAAGGACAUCUUUCUGGACUCUGACUGCAAAGACAUGAAAAACAGAGACAACGCCAUUCAGUGGUACAGGAAGGGUUUUGAGCUGCAGCCCACCCUCUACUCCGGCAUCAACCUGGCCGUCCUGCUCAUCGUGGCUGGUCAGCAGUUUGAGAGCUCCAUCGAACUGAGGAAAAUAGGUGUGAGGUUGAACAGUUUGCUGGGACGAAAAGGAUCCCUGGAGAAAAUGAACAACUACUGGGACGUGGGACAGUUCUUCACUGUCAGCAUGUUGGCCAGCGACAUCCCCAAAGCUACUCAGGCUGCAGAGAAGCUCUUCAAACUGAAGCCACCUCUCUGGUAUUUGCGGUCGGUGGUGCAGAACCUGCAGCUGAUCCAGAGGUUCAAGAAGCAAAACUUGGAGCAUUCUCCUCAGAGGGAGAGACUGAACUUCUGGAUGGACAUCAUCGUCGAGGCGACGCAGCGCACCACCAAUCGACUGCGGUUUCCGGUGUUGAUUCUGGAGCCAACGAAGGUUUACCAGCCCUCGUAUGUUUCCAUUAACAACGAGGCAGAAGAGAAGAACGUCUCCAUCUGGCACGUUUCUCCUGCUGAAACUAAAGGUAUACACGAGUGGAACUUCACUGCAAUGUCCAUAAAAGGCAUCAG